CUGACCGCAAUACAAUGUGUUGACAAAUGGCUUCUGCUAUACACUUUCUGAAGGGACACAGUUCGCGAUCCAAUCCUCACACGCCUAGAAUGAUCCUGACCACAUCACGCUCAGCCUGAGCUCGUGAAAAAUGACGACUUUAGAAAAGAAACAAUUAAUCGGCUCUUGGAAGAAUGGCCAAGUGAACGAGGCAUAUUUGGAGCCUAGUGCUCCCCCAUUAGGCAUCACCACCCCCUCUACACAGUCUGCGGGAUCAGGAGAACCCAGCGACGGACUCAUACCACUCCAAGAUUCAGGUUUGGUAGAAAGCAGUGGCGUCUCUGAGAGAAAAAGGAUUUUACCCCCACCGGAAACAGAAGAGAAAGGCAGAAUAAAUUCUUUUGAGGCAUUUGUCCACAUCGUUCGAUGUCACGCCGGGUCGGGCUUGUUAGGGGCAGCGAGGGCUGUCAACUAUGCAGGGCUCGUGGUCGGCUUUUUCCUGUUCAUCGCUAGUGGAUUUCUGGUUCUAACUGGAAUGCAUCUAAUCUUGUCAUGCGCACGACGUCUUGGGGAAAGAUCAGCCUCCAUCUUUUUCUCGGCACUGCUACAGUUCGGUGUUUGUGCAUUUUUCUUCGUGGUGGUCGGUGAUGGUGUCAAGCAGUUGUUUGAUGACUUUCUGGACAUACAUUUGGACGUCCGUAUUUACAUGGUUGUGAUGUUGGUCUUGUUGAUUGGACCAGCCUUCGUCAAGAGACUCGACAUCCUGGCUAUAUUCUCAGGGAUAGCUAAUGUUUUAUUUGGUACCUGUUUGCUGAUUGCCCUAGGAUAUAUUGUGCCGGGUCUUCCACCAAUCACUACCCGCCCUGCAUACACUUCCGUCUGGUCAGUUCCAAUGUUUCUUGGACAAGCCCUGAUGGCUUUGGAGGGAAUUGCCGUGAUAGUUCCUGUCCAGAAUAAAAUGAAGAAACCGGAGAAAUUCUCAAGCAUUUUCGGUGUGCUAAAUUUGGGCUUGUCAUUUGUCAUAUGUCUUAUGACCGUGCUCGGUUGCCUUGGCUACUGGAAAUAUGGACUGGACACAAAGACGAAUAUUUUGUUGAAUUUACCCGCUGACCAAUGGUUAUGCUUGGCAGCCAAAAUAAUGAUGCCCCUAUCAAUACUGAUGACCUACCCCAUACAGUUCUACUUCAUCUUUGUGAUGAUAUGGCCGCCAGUCGCUGACCGCAUCCAGUCUCCCUGGCUCCUUGGGAACGGAGAGUACAUCCAAAGAAUGAUCACUCUAGUCCUUACAUUCGCAUGUGCGGCGUUUGUUCCUCAUCUCGAUCUAUUGAUGGCGUUGUUUGGCUCCACAUGUGCUACGUUCCUGGGUUUUAUUAUCCCAGCCACUGCUGACAUUGUAUCCCGUACAUCGGAAGGAGAUCGUAUAACAGUGCUCCACCUCGUAAAAGAUGUCAUGUACAUUAUAUUUGGAAUAUUCAUCUUUUUGUCUGGGUCAUAUUUAGCAAUGAAAAGUAUUAUAGAUACCUUUUAAAUGUAUUACCUUUGUAUAGGUGCAAUAAAAGAGAGAUUGAAUAAGUUUACA